AUGUCGCCCUAUAGGAUGGUUUACAGAAAAGCUUGUCACUUGCUAGUGGAGUUAGAGCACAGAUCGUAUUGGGCAGUAAAGUUUCUGAAUUUUGAUCUACAAGCUGCAGGAGCAAAACGUUUACUGCAACUCAAUGAGAUGGAAGAGUUUCGUAAUAAUGCAUACGAGAAUGCCCAAAUCUACAAAGAAAAGACUAAGCAGUGGUAUAACAAGCACAUUGUGAACAAGGAAUUCAAGGAGGGCGGCAAAGUGUUGCUGUUCAACUCAAGACUACGACUUUUUCUGGGUAAAUUGUGCUCAAGAUGGUCUGGCCCGUUCAUCAUCCAUCGCGUGUUUCUACAUGGGGCGAUAGAGCUUCACCACCCGACAAAUGGAACAUUCAAAGUCAAUGGGCAAAGAUUGAAACCCUAUAUUGAGAAUGGAAAUGGCAAUGAGAGGGUUUCACUUCUUCUUCAGAAUCCUAAUUGA